AUGGCCCGCAAGUCUUGUCAGGAGGCUGAAGACGCUGAGGAGGUGGCUCUCCCAUCCCUGGUGGACCGAGAACCAGUGAGUGGCCACGUGGGGCCUCCAGCAGGCGCCGCUGCAGACCCGGUGGCUCCCACACACCCUCAGAACGCCAAGCCCAGCUCCACCAGGAUGGUCUCCUCCAUCAGCCUGCAGCCGGCCUUGGAGUCCCUGGACCCCCGCGCCCUGCGGCUGCUCUGGGGGCAGAGGGAGUUGGAGAUCCAGGCCCUGCGGUGGGCCGUCCAGAAUCAGCAUGCAGCCCGGCGCCGCCGCAUCCUGCAGGAGGUGGCUGGGCUUCCAGCCGAGAGGAGUUCAAGAAGUCAGAAGUUCCUGCAAAACCAGGUCCAAAAGCUGACUUUGGAGUUGAAAGCACAGAAGGAAAAGGCCCAGCUGGAGAAGAAGCGCCUGGAGGAGCGGCUGCAGCAGACCGGGGACGCGCUGCAGCAGCUGGAGGCUGAGCUGCAGGCCUUCCAGAAGUCCUGCCUCCUGCAGCUGGCCCGCUCCUCCUGGGUGGGCCGCGUGCUGCGGUCUUCCACGGGCAGCGUGGAGGUGGUGACCGCAGAGACCCUGAUGGACCUCAGUGACUUCUCUGAGAACGAUCAGGCCCCCACUGCUGGGGAGGGUUUCCGCCUGGAGGAUGUGGACUGGAACAGCAUUGCCCACCGGUACCCCAACCUCUUCACCAACCUCGAGUCCAACUCAGAUCAAAAGCACGCCCGGACCCCGCAGCUCCCAGCAGCCUCACCGCCUGACCAGUGGAGCUCAGAGCUGUGCUGUAGGCACCAGGAGCACAAUCUCAAGAGUGUCGAGUGGAGCUCCCUGCCCUUGGCGGGCACCAGCAGCUCCGGGGGUGCCGACUCUGAGUCCAGCAACAGCCAGCUGGUGGCGCAUAAUCGCGUGCCUAAAGUCACAGGGGACCGUCCCCUAGUGCCUGGCCGCACUGCCAAGCACGUGGAGGCGCAGGCACAGAGCCUCUGCAGGGAUGGUCAGGCAACAUCUGAAUGGGCCGGGGCCCACCACCCCUCCUGCCCGGACCUGAUCCCUACCGCUGCUCCUCUCCCACAUGGACCUUCGGGGCACUGCGAGCCGGGUCCAGCCUCACAGGAGAUGUCCUCGGUGGACCCUGGACCCUCCAAACUGGGGUUCCCCUCCCAGGCAGUCCGCCUCUCCGUGCAUCUCCAGAACACCCACUCAGAUGAGCAGGGCGAGAAUGGCCAGACGCCUGAGUCUGGGGUGGACUCCCAUCUCUGGCAUUCCAGGCGCUGUCCAAGCCCCAGCCCCACGGGCUCCUGCCUGAAGAUCAUGGCGGUUAGCCGCCGCCAGAGGUUCGUGCGCAUCCUCAACCAGUCGCUGGAGGAGACAGUGGACCUGGGCGGCUUCGUGCUGCAGCAGCUGGUGCUCGACUUCCCCGUGUGCCUGUACCGCUUCCCACCCAGCACCCUGCUGGCUCCGCGGCACCACAUCACGGUGUGGGGUGAGGGGCCCUGCAGUACCAGGCGGCAGCAGCCCUCCUCCUUGGGCCAGGAGCCCGUCCACUUCUACUCCAGCCGAAGUUGCGUGACCCUCCUCCUGAACCCCCAAGGCGAGGUCCUCAGCGAGCACCAGUCCCCACACUGCGUGACCCCAGUGUCCAGGAUCUUCGCAGACAACACCGACUUGUCCAUCGACUGUUUCCCACUCUCAGAGGCCCGGCCUGGAGCUGACCUUGCGGAGCAUCAGCCCCAGCCUCGACCCCUGCGCAAGGGUCGGGUGCGGGAGGCCCGGGCUGGGCGCCGGAGGCCGGGGUGGGGACCGCGGGUCCCUCGGUGCCUGCUUCCUCCCCAGGGCCGGACUGGCAAAGACCCCAGACUCCCUGCUGGGACUGCCCCCCACCUCCCCAGGUCCCACCCUUCCGCCUGUUCUGGACUCCCCUCAGGUCUUCCACCUCCCCAGGCCGCGUCUGCCCCGGGACCACCCCUUCCCGCUGGCAGGCUGUCUCUCACGACCCCUCCCUACCUCGCCAGGCCAAGGGUCCAAUUGCCCCGCCUGAGUACCAUCAAGCUCCUCCGCCAGCGGGAGGCGCCAGUAUGGCCCGAGGACGUGGCCCAGACCCACCCAGAGCUCUUGCCCGCCAUCCCCAUCCCCGCAGAGGUCGGGGUGGGCCUCCAGGACUGCCAGGGUAGGAAGGAGCACAAAAUCCGGGCCCCGCCCCUUCCCAUCCAGCGGCCUUCGGGCUCCGCCCCCCGCCAGGUGUGCCGGAAGAGGGUGGACCGUGGCUGUCCCAUGGUGGCGCUGUCGGUGCAGAGCACGGCUGAGAGCAGGUACGGCUUCCGCUUCCUCAGCUGCCCGCCCAUCACCGCGGACACUCGCUGGCCGCUGUAG